ACGACCCGUUGUCGAGUGUAAACAACCGCAUGUGCGAAAUGUGAACCAAACAUUUCGUUCUUGUGGAUAGAUCCGGCCAUUAUUUGGAAAACCUUCUGGUCCAGCGAUGGACAAAUACUUCAACUAUGGGUUGUACAAAUAGUAGAUCCUCAAAUCAACCGGACUUCCAAGAUGUCAAGCCGAGAAGUAACUCACCGAAAGGAGAAAGUUCGCUGGCCAAAGCUCGACAAAAUUCCAACGGAAGAGGGUCGGGAGUUAAACGGAGACACUCACAUCAUACCAAUGGAAACAUUUUGGCAAAGCAACAAGACACGAAUACAAAGAGACAUAUAAAACUUCAGUCCAGCGAGGAAGUCUUGCAGUCACUAUCAGAUGGGGAAUUAUUUGAGGACCCAUACUUCCCAGCAUCCAACUCAUCUCUCUACUGCAGUGAUGGAGACAGGGAUGACGUGCAGUGGAUACGACCAAAGGAUCUGCUGUCAGAUGGUGCGGUACCAGAGAUGAUGGUUGAUGGUGUAACCAAGGAUGACAUACAACAGGGAAUUCUGGGAGACUGCUGGUUCCUGUCGUCGUGUGCAGCAGUGUCACAACAAGAACGCUUCAUGAAGAAGAUAAUGCCGGAGAGGAAUCAGCCACUUGAUGGAGAAGGGUACAAGGGCAUUGUCUGUUUCCAGUUCUGGCGUUAUGGCAAAUGGUUACAAGUAUACAUUGACGAUAGACUGCCGGUGCAAAAUGGAAAGCUUAUAUAUGCUCACUGCACUGAGCAAAGAGAAUUCUGGGUCGCUCUCAUUGAAAAAGCAUAUGCAAAAGUGCAUGGGUCCUAUGAGGCCCUGGAGGGAGGUCAAACAAUGGAUGCCCUGGUGGACCUGACAGGCGGGCUAGCAGAGAGGUACGAGCUUGAGGAGUAUAACCCAAACAUGUUCAGGCAGAUCCUUCGAGCACAUAAGACAGGAGCCUUCAUUGCUUGCUCCAAGAAGGGAGACUGGAAGAGUGGGAACAAUGCAGAUGCUAACGGUCUCGUGUCUGGUCAUGCAUACACAAUCACAGGAAUCAGAAAGAUUGGCCACCAGAUGGGUGAGGAGAAGCUGGUUAGGAUCCGGAACCCGUGGGGUGAUGCUACUGAGUGGAAGGGGUCAUGGAGUGACAAUGAUGUCAACUGGGAGUGGGUAGACGAUGACACCAAGGAUAGUCUGGGACUUGAGUCCCGCGAUGACGGAGAAUUCUGGAUGUCCUUCAAGGACUUUUGUCGCCAUUUCCAAGAAGUGACAAUCUGCCUGACUGGUCCUGACUUUGAUGGGGACGGAGUGUCUGACAGUGCAGGUCACUUUGUAAGACUUGAUGGAGGUUGGGAAGAUGGUGUCAAUGCCGGAGGAUCGCACAAUGACCUCAAGCUAUUUGCUAUCAACCCACAAUAUCUUCUAACUCUCACACACCCAGAUGACUUCAACCAGGACAUGGAUGACGCAGAGAGUGAGGGGAAGUGUAGCAUCGUCAUCGCCCUGAUGCAGGAACACAAGGUCAACGUCUGCAGUGUCAAGGACAAGCGCCUGCAGAUCGGAUUCAUGCUGUACAAGACUGAGGAUGUACAAACCAGACUCCCGGCCAAACACUUCCGCUACCACCCGGACUGCGGCAAGUCAGGCGUGUACAUCAACUACCGGGAGGUCAGCGGCAGAUUUGAGCUUGAACCCGGUCAUUAUGUCAUCAUUCCUUCCACAUUCCUGCCAAACUGCUCCGCCAAGUUCAUGUUGCGAGUGUAUGGCGAGAAACCAUUCCACUUGGAAGGCCCUCUGUGAUAGCAGAAUCUUGCGGGUCAUCCUCUGGUCAACACAACACAAGAUGUGUCUGUCCGUCCGUUCACCACUGUGAUAUCACAAAGAGACUGCUACAGAGAAACGAUACAAGAUGUGAUUCCAACUACAAUACAAGCACUGAUGUGGACAACAUAGUCAUCUGUCAUAAACUAGUAUUUGAUAGUAUUGAUUUGAACGGCAGCAUAAUUUAUAGUUAUGGAUCAUAUCACACCUCAUUUAUCCCUGCCUGCAUUAAUGUCUAUGUCAUCAUCAUCAUCA